UGAGAACCCACAAUGCAACAAAACUGAACCAUUUCCACUUUGCUGGAGAAAUUUAAAUGUUUACAAACUUGUGUUUAUGGCUUGAUUUUAAUAUUUGUGUCUAUUGUACAGGUUAAUUGUGCAACUAUCAGAUAACGCUGUAUAUUCUUGGGAAAUAAGAAAAAAGACAUCAUGUCAAAGGCAAAGGCUCAGCAGCCAGCAGUUAUACAUAAAGUGAUAAUGGUUGGCAGUGGAGGGGUAGGAAAAUCAGCAUUAACAUUACAGUUUAUGUAUGAUGAGUUUGUAGAGGAUUAUGAACCAACAAAAGCUGAUUCCUACAGGAAGAAAGUUGUAUUAGAUGGUGAGGAAGUUCAGAUAGACAUUUUAGAUACUGCUGGACAAGAGGAUUAUGCUGCAAUCCGGGACAAUUAUUUUCGUAGUGGUGAAGGAUUUUUAUGUGUAUUUUCUAUAACAGAACAAGAAUCCUUUCAAGCUACAGCUGAAUUUAGGGAGCAAAUUUUACGUGUUAAAAAUGUGAAUAGUGAUAAAAGUGACGACAGCAUUCCUUUUCUGUUGGUUGGGAACAAAGCUGAUCUAGAAGAAAAACGACAAGUUCCUGUUGAGGAAGCCCAACAACGAUCACAACAAUGGAAAGUUCCAUAUGUAGAAACUUCGGCUAAAACCAGGGCUAAUGUAGAUAAGGUAUUUUAUGAUCUAAUGAGGGAAAUAAGGUCAAGAAAGAUGGAAGCUAGUAAACAAAACAAUGGAAAGAUCAGAAAAAAAGAAAAAUCCAAGAGAAAAUGUACAAUUUUAUGAACAAAUAUAUGAACAUAAAAUGCCUUUUAAACAUGACAUUGUAUUAUUUUAGUCAGGCUUGAUCUAAAUGUUACUGCUCUCAGUGUUUAUAAAAACAUUGUGUCAAUGGCUUCAGAAAAGUCUUCUGAAUUAUUUAGCUGAUGGUGUCAUAUCAGUUCUAAAAUGCCAUAAAUAAAAUAUUGAUUGCAAAAAAAAUAUAUGGUUUGUAUGUCUUUAUGCUGAUUAUUUCAUUUAAAGUCACAUUUGUAGUCAAAACUUGUACACCUGUAUUUAUUUCAAAGUGUUUAUUCCAUACAUCUAUAACAGUUUUGAACAUUGUUUUUAGGUUUAAAAAAAUGACUUUCAUGGAAAACAUAGCUACUUAAAUAUCAAAUUUAAAUUCAACUUUGUGUGCUUUUCUUGUCUUUAUAUUUUGACCAUAGCAUAACUGCUUUAAAAAUCUAUAAGUUUCUGUUGUAUUUCUGUUGUAAUUCUUCAUAUUGAUAUGAAUGUUGUGCAUAUUUGAUAUUGGUUUUCUAUUAUAUAACACUGGUUAUGUAGGGCCUUAUAAAGUUUUGGUUAAAAUCAAAUAUUUUCCUGGUAUUUUACCUCACCUUGCUGAUGUUUACAGUAAACAUUUCUCAUCAUUUUGGGUCUUUUGUCUUUAAUCUCAAAGAUUCUAAAUAACAUAAAAUAAGAAGAUAUAAGCCUGUUUCUCUUAAAACACUUGCCUAGUUUUGAAACAAACUUGGCCAAUCAUUAUUAAAAUUGAAAAUUUAACAAAAUUCAUUAAUUCUAAAAUAUAAAGUAAGUUUGAAUAGUGAUAAAUUUUGUCAAUUAUUAACAUAAAUAUUGCAAAUAUCCAAAAUUAAGUAGCAUUUGGAUCUUAAAAAUAUCUUGAGAAUUUUGUUGUUUUUUUUAUCAAUUUUCAUGUUUUUAGUCAAGUUAAACCCAUGCUUGAUUGUACUUGGGUGUAAAAAAAAUAAAAUAAAAUGUUACUGAAAUGUUUGUAUAUAUUACAUUUCAAAACUACGGUGUUCCUAUGAUUAUUUCUGUGAAUAAAUGUUUUUUUAUUGAAUUUUGAGUUACCAAGAGAAACCAGAUGAUUUAUACUGACAUGUUUAGUGUGACAUUUUGUCAAACACAAGCCAUACUUUUGUUUAACUUUUCCUUUUAUGUAUCUUGAAUAGAAUCUC